GGAAAUGAAAGAAAAUCGGCCACAGUGCGCAUGUGUGCGGGUGUGCUUUGGCUCUUCGGGUAAAGAUGGCGGAGCGCGGGUACAGCUUUUCGCUGACUACAUUCAGCCCAUCUGGUAAACUUGUCCAGAUUGAAUAUGCUUUGGCUGCUGUAGCUGGAGGAGCCCCGUCAGUGGGAAUUAAAGCUGCAAAUGGUGUGGUAUUAGCAACUGAGAAAAAACAGAAAUCCAUUCUGUAUGAUGAGCGAAGUGUACACAAAGUAGAACCAAUUACCAAGCACAUAGGUUUGGUGUACAGUGGCAUGGGCCCAGAUUACAGAGUGCUUGUGCACAGAGCUCGAAAACUAGCUCAACAGUAUUAUCUUGUGUACCAAGAACCCAUUCCCACAGCUCAGCUGGUACAGAGAGUAGCUUCUGUGAUGCAAGAAUAUACUCAGUCAGGUGGUGUUCGUCCAUUUGGAGUUUCUUUACUUAUUUGUGGUUGGAAUGAAGGACGACCAUAUUUGUUUCAGUCAGAUCCAUCUGGAGCAUACUUUGCCUGGAAAGCUACAGCAAUGGGAAAGAACUAUGUAAAUGGGAAGACUUUCCUUGAGAAAAGAUACAAUGAAGAUCUGGAACUUGAAGAUGCCAUUCAUACAGCCAUCUUAACCCUAAAGGAAAGCUUUGAAGGGCAAAUGACAGAGGAUAACAUAGAAGUUGGAAUCUGCAAUGAAGCUGGAUUUAGGAGGCUUACUCCAACUGAAGUUAAGGAUUACUUGGCUGCCAUAGCGUAACAGUGAAGUGACUGAAAAAUCGAGAAUUUCAGAUAAUCUGUCUACUUAAACAUGUUUAAAGUAUGUUUUGUUUUGCAGACUUUUUGCAUACUUAUUUCUACUUGGUUUAAAUCGACUGUUUUUAAAAUGACUUAUAAAUCCUAAUAAACUGCUAAACUCACCUCCCAGCCUUUUAGGAGUUGCUAAAAUUUUAACAGUUAUUUCCUGCUUUUUUAUCAUAAUUGAUUUCUGAAGACCACAUUGCAAAGCAGAAUGAUGAAAUCACUUUUUUUAGUUGUCAGCCAGUUUGGGUUAAGUCAAAUCUUAACUGCCCUCUUCACUACCAGAUGUUGCUUGUGUUUCCAUAAAGCAAAAUGCUGAUUUUGGUAAAAACAUCACUGUUUCUAGAGCUGGAAGGAUCUGCCGACUUUCACGGAUUCAUGGGACAAGAAAAGCGUAGGUGCUUUUAGGUACCUAUCAUUAGGUAAUGAUCAGUGAAAUCCUAGGGUGCUCUAUGAGAUUGUAUUGGGGCUAUGAAGAGUGGUAAGCCAAGUAGGUCUCCAUGGGAGAUAUAUUAUGUAAGUAAAUAAACUGGUUUGCUGGUUCCUGUCAGUGUCUCCAUCACAAGUAGCUAAAUGUUUUAAAGGAACCCCUUAGAUUUUGUUAGACUUUUUAACAAGGAUGAGCAUAAGUGUUUGAAAUAAAACGUUAAUACUCAAGUGUCAAAA